GAAAAAAAAAAGGAAAAGAAACUCACCGAAUCAAAAGAGAGGAAGUGCUAGGCAAAUACAGGAACCAAAAAGGGUUAUAGAGGCAGCUUCACGCUGUCUCAUUCAGUUCCUUUGUGGUCCUCUUGUUCAGCACAUGCCAAAGCAGUUCCUCACAACCUGUGGGACCAGAGCAUCUUGGGUGUGUGACGAUGGAAGAGUUGGAUGCCUUAUUGGAGGAAUUGGAGCGAUCCACCCUCCAGGACAGUGAUGAAUCCUCCAACCCAGAUCCUCUUCCCCUGGAUCAGCACUCCAGAAAGGAGAGUAACCUUGCUGAGACUUCAGAGACUGUUUCAGUUCAGAAUGAUCCAAGUCCCUUGCCGGUGCAGCUUGUAUAUACUACACAUAUCCAGGAGUGCAAUAUCUACAGUGAAGUCCAAGAGCCAAAGAAAACACCACAUCCUCCUAAAACAUCAGCAGCUGCUCAGCUGGAUGAGCUCAUGGCCCACCUGUGUGAGAUGCAGACCCAGGUUGCAAUGAAAGAAGAUGCCAGCAAGAAACACAUAGCAAACAAGCAGGAUCCCAAGGCCUCCCUGGACUCAAUGCUGGGGGGUUUGGAGCAGGAUCUGCAGGACCUUGGAGUUGCUGCAGUGCCCAAGGGCCACUGUGCUUCCUGUCAGAAACCAAUUGCUGGAAAGGUGAUCCAUGCUCUAGGGCAAGCCUGGCAUCCAGAGCACUUUGUGUGCACUCACUGCAAAGAGGAGAUUGGCUCCAGUCCCUUCUUUGAGCGGAGUGGCUUGGCCUACUGCUCCAAGGACUACCACCAUCUCUUUUCCCCACGCUGUGCUUACUGCGCUGCCCCCAUCCUGGAUAGAGUGCUGACAGCAAUGAACCAAACCUGGCACCCAGAGCACUUCUUCUGCUCUCACUGCGGAGAGGUGUUUGGUGCAGAAGGCUUUCAUGAGAAGGACAAAAAGCCAUACUGCCGGAAGGAUUUCUUAGCCAUGUUCUCACCCAAGUGUGGUGGCUGCAACCGCCCAGUGUUGGAAAACUACCUCUCGGCCAUGGACACCGUCUGGCACCCAGAAUGCUUUGUGUGUGGGGACUGCUUCAGCAGUUUUUCUUCUGGCUCCUUCUUUGAACUGGAUGGACGUCCGUACUGCGAGCUCCAUUACCACCAGCGCCGAGGAACACUCUGCCACGGCUGUGGGCAGCCCAUCACCGGCCGCUGCAUCAGUGCCAUGGGCCACAAGUUCCAUCCUGAGCACUUCGUCUGUGCUUUCUGCCUGACACAGUUGUCAAAGGGCAUCUUCAGGGAGCAGGAUGACAAGACCUAUUGUCAGCCCUGCUUCACUAAACUCUUCCCUCUGUAAUCCCAGCUGAGCCUGCAGUCUCCGCAGAUCCCCUGCAAAAUUUAAACCAGGAGAGGAAGGAGUGCUGUGUUGUUACUGCUUUGCUGCUCAGUAGGCACAUAGAGAAGGUAAAGAGAAUGAACCUCUAGACGUUACAUGGCUAGGCUUGGAGUCUUAGGUUGUAGAUUUCUUAGUUUGUAGAUUUAUUUUUAAAAAAUCAGGUACUUAUUUUUUAAAAAUCAGGUACUUAAAUUUAGAGUUGUGUCCGGCCACUUGUGCCUCUGCAGAUGCAUCUUCUACAUGCACACAUUCAGUUCAUUGCCAGUUUUCUCAAAUUUCUCCCAUUUUCACUCUUGUGAUGGCCCUGCACAUGUCUUCUCUCCCAUCACCUCAUAACUUGGCCUUUCCAUGCCUUCCUCAUUUCCCCGUGACUCACUUUCCCAUACCAAUGCAUUAUCCUCGCUGUCAGGAAUCCCAAUGCCCCUCCUAAACUCUCUGCAUCUCUCUUCAUGUGCUUCUUUUUCAAGAGGAAGUAGAUGUUAAGUGCACUACUUUGAGUACUGACAUCAUUGAUAAAUAAAAUGGCUUUCAGUUUUAAUGUCUUACUGACAUGUUUGGAGACAAACUUUUGUUUCCUGUGGUAUGUACUAGGCACUGUUUGCAAUUAAAUCCAUAACCAGUCUCCUGUUUACUUCCAUACAGUAGGCACUUUUUUUUAAUCAAAAGAAAUUGAAAGGAGGGACUCCUGUUCACUAACUUUUCUCUUAAUUUGCACCCAUAACAUUCAUUUUAUGUUAUUUUUUUGCACUGAGAUAAUUGAAUCAUCUUAAAAGGUGGCAAAAUGUCUUCAAAUUGUUUUCAUCACUCUGUUUACCCAAAGUGAAAAACCAGAUCUCCUCUAGACGCUUGAAAAUUCCUUUUGCAUAUGUAUGCAUUUCUACAAACUCAUAAAAUUGUGUAUAUUAAGUAAGUCCAGGUCUUUUGUAUAUCAAUUAUAUCUCAAUAAAGCUGUUUUUUUUUAAAUGAAA